UGUUUCUUCCAACGAGACAUUUCAAUUGAUAUUUUGAGAUGACGACGACGACUUCCGCUUACGUUUCACCGCGCCGUUCGAUUCGAAAAUUUUCGCUUAAAGCGGCUCUCUCUUUUUGAUCUUGUUGUGAGAGAAGAGGCGAAAAGGAGAGAGAGAGGAAUGGCGAAGAAACUAAGCGGGAAGACGACCAUGGAUGACGUAGAUCGAUUGUUUCAGUGUUUCAAGUGUGGAAUCUCUCCUCCUGCCUCUGCUAUGAGAGAAAGGAAACGGAGAAAAAAGAUGUUGAAUCCGGAUAACAACACUUCUCCUGAGACCUGUAAGAGCUUGCAGACAAGUUCUUUGUCUGGUAAAAGAAACCAGAUUGAUGCAAGUCCCAGUCUUGAAUCCCUUUCUGGUUCCAGUAAUGUAAAGAAGACUAUUGGGAGACAGUUUUCACCAGUUGUAUUCUACGGGUCUCCCAAUGGCGUUCCUCCCAAAAGGCCCUUGAGUUUGUUGAGGCUGUUACGCGAGAUACGUAUUGAUCUCACUGAAGAAAGGAAAGCAAUCUCCAGGAAACAAGUUUGGGCUACAUUUCCUCGGCAAGAUGAAGCGGUUAAGUUUGUAAAGAGGCAUGAGAACGCGCGUGUUUUUAGUUAUCAAGAUCAUUUCAGUGGACAAAGAAGGUUUCUGGUUUCAACUUAUGAAGAUUUCUGGAACAGAUACAAAUCUAUGGAUCCAAGGCGUCGACACCAUUAUGAAGUGAUUCAAGAGGGACUGCCAUGCCAUAUGUACUUUGAUUUGGAGUUCAAUCAGAAAGUAAAUGAAGGAAAAGAUGUGGAUCAAAUGGUUGAUAUCUUGAUAUCAGUCAUUCUAGAAGCAUUGCAUGAGAAAUAUGCUAUUGAAGGACAAGAGGAGUGGAUGGUAGAGCUUGAUUCCUCUACUAAAGAUAAGUUCUCCCGGCAUUUGAUUCUCAUCAUUCCAAAGGUUGCCUUUAAGGACAACUUACACGUUGGUGCUUUUGUAGGAGAGCUAUGCUCACGGAUAGUAAGUACGAAGGAAAAAGAUGAGAGGUUACGCAAGUUGUUUGUUCACAAAGAGGCUAAUGAUUCGGCAUCCCUACUUUUUGUGGAUACUGCUGUUUACUCGAGAAACCGUUGCUUCCGUCUUGCAUUAUCAUCCAAAGCUGGAAAGACGUCGGUACUUCUACCUACAGGACGCUUCAAAUGUAAGGAUAUGAGCGAACAAGAUGUGUUCAUGUCAUCCUUAAUCUGCAACGUGACAUCAGAUUGUGAGAAGCUUCUGGUUUGCAAGAUGGAGUCAGACUGUAUGAAGACACUUUGCUUUGACACAGAGGUGAACAAUAACAGUAUUGUAAGAGACCAGAGAGCUCAUAAAUUCCAAGUGGAUGCUUGCACAAGUGACAUGUCAACAUCGUACUUCGGGGGCAAAUCCCCGUUCCCGCUCGUAGACCAAUUCGUAGAAUCCAUUGCUUCCACCGGGAUUGUCUCAGGUAAGAUAAGAUGCUGGUACUGGUUUUCAGAAGAUAGCCUGAUUGUGUACAGCAUGUUGAGAAAUAGAUACUGCGAACGCAUUGGCAGGGAACAUAAAAGCAAUCAUGUGAUGUACAUCGUUGACAUCAGAAGGGGAAUCUAUUAUCAGAAAUGCUAUGAUCCAGAUUGUCGAGAUUAUAGAUCUCCCAUACGUCCAGUUCCAGAUAGUUACUUACCUGAAGAUAUAGUUUACGAUCAAGGGGAGGCACAAAAUGUAUCUAACAAUCUUUACCUAGAAGGAGAAAGUUACAUUGAUAACGAACGCGAACCAGAUAGUGCUUCCAGCAGAGGCUCAUGGUGGCUUGAAGCAGCUAAAAUUGCAGAUGAUCUUGAAAGCAAACCGAAGACACUGGAACCACACACCUUGGAAAGUUUCGAGGAAGAUGAUGACUGGUGGAUAGCUGUAGAAGAGUCCCUACAAGGAAUCUCAUCUUUAAGUCCUUCCCCAAAAUGCCCUUUGAUUUAGACAAAAGUCAAGAAUAAUCUGGGUAUUGUCUUCUUCCCUUUUCUCUCCUCAAAACAACCAUCGUUUCCUCCAUACCUAACCUCAGCAGAUCUCUCUAAUGGCUUCGCUCCCAGUUUUCAUUCCGGCCAAGUUGUUUCCUUCGAUCCUCUCACAUGAAACCUUGAUCAAUCACUUUCAGACCAAUCUCCCCAGACAUUCCUCAACAAUCACAAGCCCUGUCCGCCAAAACCACAUCGUUUCACCACCUUCUUCUCUCCUACUCAUGCCUUCUUGGUCAUCUUCUCCUUCUCUCCCUUACAUGGGCGUCAAGCUCGUCACCUAUUUCCCUCAUAACUCCUCUCAGAACUUACCAGGCAUCCAUGGAUCCUACACACUCUUCAGCUCCACCACAGGACAAACCUUAGCAUCAAUGGACGGUACCGUAUUAACCCUUUACCGCACUUCCUCUGUUUCAGGCCUAGGCUCCAAAAUCCUAGCUAGAGACGAUAGUCAGGUGCUGAUCAUGGUUGGUUCCGGUGCUCUCGCACCACAUCUGAUCAAAUCCCAUCUUGCUGCGAAACCAAGUUUGAGAAGAGUGUUCAUAUGGAACAGAACCCCUCAAAAGGCUCAGGAUUUAGCUGACACUCUCUCUAAGGAUUCUCAACACAGCAAAAUCUCAUUCGAGAGCCACCAUUCGUUAGAUGAGAUCAUUCCUCUUGGAGAUAUCAUAAGCUGUGCAACAAACUCAACCGUUCCAUUGGUCAGAGGCGAGUUAUUGAAACCCGGAACACAUCUUGACCUUGUUGGAUCGUUUAGCCAUGAGAUGAAGGAAUGUGACGACGAGGCGAUCAAGAGAGGGAGAGUGUUUGUGGAUAACGACACUGCGUUGGUAGAAGCGGGAGAGCUGGUGGGACCGUUUGAGAGAGGAGUGAUAACGAGAGAAGAGAUUUGUGGGAACUUGGUUGAGUUGGUAAAGGGGGAGAAAGAAGGGAGAAAGAGUGCAAGUGAAAUAACUGUGUUCAAGUCUGUUGGUUCGGGUACUGUAGAUCUCUUAGCUGCACAACUUGUUUAUGAGACUUAUCUCAGUAGUUCUUAAGGAAUAUGUCUUGUAAACGAAAUAAGGUAUUGAUAUGGGGUGUGUCAAUGAUGCAUUUGGUGUUAGCCAUUUGUUAAAUAAAAUGCAGUUUUGUUGUGGAA